CCUCACGGCUCCGCGCAGUCCAGACCGUGACGGCGGGGCCGCAGCGAUGAGCCCGGGCGAGAUCCUUCAUGGUUGCUGAAUUAUAACAGGAGAAAGCCCUCUAAGUACCUGACUGAGAGGUAAUGACUCUAGCCACAGCAGGAGGGGCUCGGACCGGCCCGGGUUGUUGCCUUGGGGUGAAGGAUGAAGAGGCAUCUUCUGAGCAGAGCAUUUCUGUGGAAGUGUCACCUGUGCGUCCUGCCAAGGGAGGUUCAUCGACCCAGAUGGCUCACCCUUGUGACAUAUGUGGCCCCAUCUUGAAAGAUAUUUUGCAUCCGGAUGACCACCAGGAAAUACAUUAUGGACUAAAACCACACACAUGUGAGGCAUGUGGGAGACAAUUCUCACGUGGUGCAAACUUUUUCCAGCACCAGAAGCAGUACAAUGCAGAGAAACCCGUGAGGAGGGACAAAGGCAAGGCCACAUGUGUGAAGAACGGUCGAGUCUGUGAAGGACCUCCUCCGUCAGAGAAGCCCUGUGUGUGUGAGGGGGAUCAGAGCUUCCAGGCAUGUGUGGACAGUCACCAGCAAAAGGCCGCCCACCGCGAGAGGAAGACCAGGCGCACCGAGAGUGGGGCGGCCUGUCACAUCGCACAGAUGCAUUACAAUUGCAACGAGUGUGGGAAGGCCUUCAGCCGCAAAGACACGCUUGUUCAGCACGAGAAAAUCCACUCUGGAGAAAGGCCUUAUGAGUGCGGUGAAUGUGGGAAGGCCUUCAGCCGCAAAGCCACACUCGUGCAGCAUCAGAGAAUCCACACUGGGGAGAGGCCUUACGAGUGCAGCGAAUGUGGGAAGUCCUUUAGCCGCAAAGACAACCUUACACAGCACAAAAGAAUUCACACUGGAGAAAUGCCUUAUAAGUGUGGUGAAUGUGGAAAAUACUUUAGCCAUCACUCCAAUUUAAUUGUACACCAGAGAGUUCACAAUGGAGCAAGGCCUUUUAAGUGCAAUGAUUGUGGGAAAGUUUUCAGACACAAAUCCACACUUGUCCAGCAUGAGAGCAUCCACACUGGAGAAAACCCUUAUGUUUGCAGUGAUUGUGGCAAGUCCUUUGGCCACAAAUACACCCUCAUUAAACACCAGAGAAUUCACACCGAGAGUAGGCCUUUUGAAUGCAUUGAAUGUGGGAAAUUCUUUAGUCGAAGCUCUGACUUUAUUGCACACCAGAGAGUUCACACGGGUGAAAGGCCUUUUGUGUGUAGCAAAUGCGGGAAAGAUUUCAUAAGAACCUCCCACCUUGUUCGGCAUCAAAAAGUUCACACUGGAGAAAGGCCAUAUGAGUGCAAUGAAUGCGGGAAAGCCUAUAGCUUAAGCUCCCACCUCAUUCGGCAUCAGAAAGUUCACACUGCAGGAAGGCUUUAGGAGUGCUUUCAACACGGACUCACAUGGAGAGGAACUCUCUGAUCUCCCUUUGAGAAGAAGACAUCAAUCAGAUGUUGAACUUCAUAUAUUUGAACAUUAACACUGGGGAGACACCUUGUUAAGGCAGUUAGGGGUGA